AUGUUUAACAGAAGCCGGACUAAUAAGAAGCUGCUUCCAAAUUUCAAAGAAAAGGACGAAGAGAACAAAAUUGGGAAAGUUAGGAAGGAUUCUCUAGACGCUUCAAAACCAUUAAGAUUGGGUGGCUUGAUGUUACAUUGGAAUAUUAUCAUCGUGUCUACAAUAGUGUGGUUUUUGACAGUUAACCAUUACGAGAAUUCUGUUGUGAGAAGAGCAAUGAAUAAAUGCUCAUGGAAUACAUGGGAACAAUGGCCUGAAGGUGUAAAGAGUCAUAAAGUUGCAUUAUAUGCCGAUCCUCAGAUAUUAGAUGAAUAUUCGUACCCGGGAAGGCCCCAAAUUGUAAAUUAUUUUACGAGAGUGAUUGUUGAUCACUACCAUUACAGAAACUGGAGAUAUAGUCAGCAUUAUCUAAAUCCUGACACUAAUUUCUUUUUAGGUGAUUUAUUUGAUGGAGGCAGACAUUGGGACGAUGAUGUGUGGUUGGCUGAAUAUAACAGAUUCAAUAAAAUAUUUCCAAAGAGUCCCAUGACGAAAACGGUAUUUUCCUUACCGGGCAAUCAUGAUAUAGGAUUUGGAGAUACAGUAAUAGAGUCAAGUUUAGAUAGAUUUACGACUUAUUUUGGGGACACUUCUUCUUCUCAUGAAAUUGGCAACCAUACAUUCGUUCUUUUGGAUACAAUCUCACUAUCUGAUACUACAAAUGUUAACGUUUCUUCUAUCCCUAAAAGAUUUCUAGAAGAAUUUUCCCUUUCAAGAAGGCAGAAAUCUCAUCCAAAUCCCACAAUUCUCUUAACGCAUGUGCCAUUAUGGCGUAAUGCAAACCAGCAGCAAUGUGGUAAAGAGAGAGAAUCCACUAAACCUUUCCCUAUUCAAAAGGGGUAUCAAUAUCAAACCGUCAUUGAUCAAACAAUGACUCAGGAAAUCUUAACUCAAUUGACUCCAAAGUUUGUAUUUUCUGGCGAUGAUCAUGACUAUUGUCACGUCAAACACACAUACGGUGCGAAUGACUUGGGUGGUAACAAUAAUGCUGAUCACGUCAAUAGCAAUAAGAUAGUUGAUGAAAUCACUGUUAAGUCAUGUGCAAUGAAUAUGGGAAUUAAGAAACCUGCCAUACAAUUAGUAUCAUUGUUUAAUGAUGAAUCUGUUACUGGUAAUGAACCUGUAACUACUAUACAAACUCGAAUCUGUUACUUACCCGAUCCAUUCAAGCCAAUGUGGGUGUAUAUCCUUCUGUUAAUUGGAAAUUUAGGCUCUUUCAUUAUUUACAUUAAAAGGUACGCAUUUGUGCCAUCUCUCAAAAAUGAUUUGCCUCUACCCGUCAGCACUGAUACCACAACGCAUAAGAAAGAUAUUAAGGUAAGACAGUUAGUCAUCGACACUAGUGCAAACGCUGCGAUAACUUUUCUACUUAUUUUAGUCAUAUUUUCUUACUACUACAAUUCAAUAUGA